CUGGCUUGGCAGGCAGGAUGUCGUUCAAGAGGGAGGGAGACGACCCCAGCCAGCUCAACACGCUCAAGAAAAGGAGAAUUGCUGAUCUUCUGGCUCAUUACAUCCCGGAGGAUGAAGCUUUGCUCCUGAGGGACGGCAGAUAUGCCUGCACUGUGUGCUUUCACAAGCCAGUGUUCGACACUCUUGAUAUGCUCACGGUCCAUCGAUCGGGAAAGAAGCACCUUGCCAGCUUGCAGAAGUUCUACGGGAAGAAGCGUUCCCUGGAGGAUGAGGUGCAGAAACGCCACCAACAGGCCUAUCUCCGGGCAGAAGAAACUGGCGCUCAGGCUGCUCCCGGCCCCGCCCCUUUGCUCCUGCGGACCAAGAAGAUUGCCCAGAAUGCUUUGCUGAAAUCUGCACCCUAUAACAGCUGCUGUCGGCGGAACAGGCCUGCCGGAAAUGAGUCUGGCUUGAGUUCUUCGAAGACAAGUACCGACAUCAAAGCCACAGAGGGAGUGGAGCUAUUGAGACCCAGCGAAGUGACGCAGAUGGGCAGAGACAGACCAGUCGGGGUUGACGCCACUCCCAACGCACAGCUGCCUGGAUCCGCUAAUUCAGUAGCAGAUUUGCAGAAAGAAGCUUCUCCGGGGUGUGAAAAGAAGAGCAAAAGGAAGGCCUCUUCCACCGCCACGCCUCAUUCCCAGCCGGAAGACCUCAACCCGGAGAAGCGGCAGGCCCUGGAACAUUAUCUGCGGUUGAAAAGCUCCGGUUGGAUCCAGGAUGGCUCCGGCAAGUGGGUCAAAGAUGAAAACGUGGAGUUCGACUCUGACGAAGACGAGCCCCCAGCACUGACUCCAUCUUGACACCACUCUUCCCCACCCCUUCUCUCCUUCCUGUGGGAGCAUCCUGGAGGCGCCUGGAAAUGUGUCAGCAGCCUGGCAGGAAACCGCCAGGCAUUAAAAAGCAAAUGUUUUUAUUC